AUGGUCAAAGGCAUAAAGUUGUCGAGAAUGAAAGCUCAAGCUGAACGUGAUAUACUUAUUGAAUUAGAAAGUGAGGUUAAUGAAGAGCAGAUAACAGAUCUGGAAGACGAUGAGAAUAUGACAAAUAGUGAAAAGUGGGAACAUGUUGACUUGAUAGUUGAUGUAAUAGAAAACGUAGCAUUUAGAAGAUUGGGAUGCAUUGCACAUGUUAUACAGCUAGUUGUAAAGCUUGCAUAUGAUGGUAAUUAUCAUGGCUUACUUUUGAAGGUACGUGGAUUAGCGAGAAAAGUUCGCAAAUCUUCUGUUGCAUUGAAAAAAAUUAUCAACAAAUGUGGUAAGACUGUGAUCAGCGACUGUUCUACAAGAUGGAACAGCACUUACUUUAUGGUUUGGAGAUUUCUGGAAAUAAAGACAUCUAUCAACGAAGUUCUUGGAGACCUUAACAUUGAUUCACUUGCCAAUAGCGAAUGGAUAAUGCUUCAGGAUUUUGUCAAUCUUUUAGAACCUUUUGCCAAUGAAACUGAUACUCUUCAGACGGAUGCACUUUCACUAUCCAGUGUUAUACCUUCAAUACUUAAUUUAGAAUGUCACCUUGAGCAAUUUGGAGAUGCCAAAGAUGUAGCAGUUAAAAUGCUUGAAGAUCUACGCCGUCGUUUUGCCGUUCUUUUGCAGCCAAACGAUCCUAAUUUUAAUCCACUGCCAUGUGCCGCAUGUCUACUUGACCCCACAUGUGCAAUAGCUCUUUUAGGUAAUGAGCAUACUCUUUUAGGUAAUGAGCACAAAUCAGAGAGUGUGCAAAGAAAUACAUUUUGUCAGAGGCUAAAAAAUCGGUGCAACAUGAUUUACCUUUAG